AUGAAGGGUUUGGUCGGAGGAAUCCCUCUUGCCCUCCUCGUCGCUGCCGUCGCCAACGGCCAUGGCGAGGCGGUACAGGAGGAGGGCCCGGUAACUUUGAUCGGUGGCCCCAGUGGUGACGACGGUGGGAACAGUGCUGCUAUCGCGUUCGACAGCACCUACGGUUCCGGUGUGAAGGACAACUACAAGGACGACCACUCGGUUGAUCUGAAGAACAAUGUGGUCGGCCCCGCUCCCCCUCAUCCCGCAGUGCCUGGCGUCCAUAAGCGAGGCGACGGCAGCCUGACAUUCUUUGAUGGCCCGGCCGGCGAUGACGGGGGCAACAGCGCGGGGUUCGAGUUCGACAGUGCCUAUUCUUCUGUCGUGGAGGAUUGGGUUAAGGAUGAUCACUCGGUAGACAUCAAGAACACUGUGAUCACUCCACCACCGCCUCCCUUUCAUCCUCAUCCUCCUCAUCCUCCUGUGCCUGGUUUCCGCAAGAGAGGUGAUCCCUCAGUGACCUUGGUUGGAGGUCCAUCUGGGAACGAUGGCGGCAACAGUGCUGAGAUUGAAUUCGAUAGCUCGUACUCCUCCGGCGUUAAGGAUGCGUACAAGGACGCCCACUCCGUCGACGUCGACAACCAUAUCGUCAAACCUGCCCCAGUUCCCGGUUCCUAUAAGAGAGAUGGGGGUGACACCACUUUCAUUGGUGGUCCAUCCGGUGACGAUGGCGGCAACAGUGCUAGCUUUGAAUUUGAUAGCUCAUAUGCCUCCAGCGUGAAAGACUGGUAUAAGGAUGAUCAUUCCGUCGACAUCAAGAAUCAUGUCGUCCAGCCUCCCCCAGUUCCAGGCCCGGGUUUCCGCAAGAGAGAGGGCGGUGACAUCACUUUCAUUGGUGGUCCAUCCGGCGACGAUGGCGGCAACAGUGCUAGCUUUGAGUUUGUUAACUCAUACGCCUCAAGUGUCAAGGACGCCUACAAGGAUGACCACUCUGUUGAUAUCAAAAACACUGUCAUCCAUCCUCCCCCUGUCUUCCACCCUCCUCCGGUGUCAGGCUUCCGGAAGCGUGAUGAUGGAGGCUCUCACAUCAGCAGUCCUAACUAUCAUGAGCAUGCUAAGCCGGCUGUGGUCGAAGAUUCUGGAAAACCUGCCAAAGACGGCGGAAUUACCUUCAUUAAAGGCCCCUCCGGUAACGACGGUGGCAACAGCGCCGAUAUUGAGUUUGACAGCAACUAUGCAUCGGCGGUCGAGGAUCAUUACAAGGACGACCAUUCUGUGGAUAUCAAGAACCACAUCGUUGCGCCACCAGCUGUGCCAAAGGGCUUCCGCAAGCGCGGCAGCGGCCCGGUCUUUUACGAUGGUCCCAGUGGGGAUGAUGAAGGGAAUGAUGCCGACUUUGUCUUUGAUAACGAGUACGCCUCGAAGGUCGACAGCCACUAUGUAGAUGAUCAUUCCGUGAAAGCAGAGAACUGGAUCGUGCAAGUUCCGCCGCCGCCGCCGCCCCCUCGUCCUCAGCCCCCUCGUCCUCAGGGACCUCCUCCCCAGGCAGCUCCGCCCCCUUUCGCUGGCAGCCAAGAGCCGCCUCAUCCUCAGGGACCUCCUCCUUUCGCUGGCAACCCAGAGCCGCCUCGUCCUCAGGGACCUCCUCCCCAGGCAGCUCCGCCUUCUUUCGCUGCGAACGAAGAGCCGCCUCGUCCCCAGGGACCUCCUGCCCAGGCAGCUCCGCCUUCUUUCACUAGCAACCAAGAGCCGCCUCGUCCCCAGGGGCCUCCUCCCCAGGCAGCUUCGCCUCCUUUCCCUGGCAACCCAGAGCCGCCUCACGGUGUGGACCCGAUAGCAAGCGAGCCAUGCAGCACAUCCACCUUCAUUGAGACCGUCAUCAAGACCCUUGCAGACGAGCCGAGGCCCACUAAGCCCGCUGGCCCGUACAGGCCGCCUGAGCAUCCUCAGCCCCAUGUGCCUCACCCAAAAGCUCCAUCCGACCCCGGCCAUGGGUUCGAGCCGACGCAUCCCGCCGAGGCCGCGCCAACUGGUGUUUCUCCCGCCCUCGAGGUUGAGACUCCCAAGGGCCACGAGAACCCUGGUUUCCAGAAGCCAGAGCCUGUCCGCCCCUCUUUCACCACGUCGAAGGUGGAAGCUCAUCCCCAGCCGACUGCGCCAUCGUAUCCCCCGCAGGGAAACCCUCAAGCACACCCUGAGGGCGGCGCUCCUGCUGACCCUGGUCACGGCCAGCCUCAAGCGGACACGACUCCUUGCCCCACGGGUAGGCCCGGAGGUCACCAACCCGAGCCUACCGCUCCUUCCUAUCAACCGCAUGAACCCCAGGGCGCUGACCCGAAGGAAGCUCCCAAGCACGCGACCACCGCAGCAGAGCCCGUGACCUCCAUCACGUCCACCAUCACUGUCAGCCACACCUCCUCCUUCGCGGUCGUCCCCGUCUACAUGGACUCCAACCACAAGACCACCUGCACGUCUGCAGCCCACCAGCGCCCCACCGACGUCGACGCCGAGGACAAUCACCACGCGCCUUCCUCGGCACACAGCCAGGCCGUCAAGCCCUCGCACCACGCUGCCCCGUCCCCAUCCCCGACGCCUAGUCAGAGCAUGAUGUUCACCGGCGCUGCGGGCCGCAUCGCUCCCGCCGCUGGCGUCGUGUCUGCCGUGUGUGGUCUCAUGGCUGUUCUUGCCUUUGUCCUGUAA